CCUUCUUUUUGGGAAUGGGUGUCAUUGGUCAUCUAUGUGAAGAAGAAGAAGAAUAUGAUAAUAAGAGUCCUAGAGAAGAAGUCAUAGAAGCAUGGUACAUGGAUGAUAGUGAUAACAAUCAAAGGCUUCCUCAUCAUGGAGAACCUAAGAAAUUUGUGUCUCUUGACAAGCUCGCUGAACUCGGAGUGCUUAGCUGGAGACUUGAUGCUGAUAAAUAUGAGACUGACGAGGAGUUGAAUAAAAUUCAAAAAUCAAGUAGUUAUCUUUUCAUGGACGUUAUUGAGGUUUGCCCCCAAAAAUUAUCGAAUUACGAGGAUAUGAUAAAGAAAUUCUUUGAAGAACACUUAUACAUUGACGAGGAAGUCCGUUAUUGUCUUGAAGGAAGUGGUUAUUUUGAUGUUCGAGAUUAUAACGAUGUUUGGAUUCGCAUUUGGGUGAAAAAAGGGGGAUUGAUUGUUGUGCCUGCUGGAAUUUACCAUCGAUUUACACUUGAUUCAAGCAAUUACAUUAAGGCAAUACGUCUAUUUGCUGGUGAUCCUGUUUGGACAGCGUACUAUCGUCCACAUGCAGAUUAUCUGCCUGCAAGGAAACAAUAUCUUGAAACUUUUGGGUUGAGGGAAAGCACUGUUAAUGCAAUUAAUGAUGAUGUUAUUUAUAGAGUUGACGAAUUUUAAACUUUAUUGGGCCGUAUUUACCUCAGCUUGCACUGAAUAUUUGAAUUUAACAUGUAAAUAAUAGCUUAAAAUUUUGAGUAACAGUAUAUUAAAGUUGUUUACAUGUUGAGUGUAUUCAUGAUAGGUUGUAUGC